AUGAUGCACACAGGCCGGACAACGAGAGGCCAGCACGGCCAUCUCGCAAACCUCCGCCCCGUCCGAUGUCCAGAUCUCCGCCAUCCUCCGCCCUCCUCCCUCCGUCCUGCGUACUCCCUCCUCCCCGAUGCCAGGAUUGACUCGCCUUCCCUCAAAUACGCCCGGUCCGGCAGGGCAAGAGCGUUUCCUCCUCAUCUCGAAGAACGGAGCCCUCCUCCUCUGCCCAGGAUGCUGACAGCCCGCAGCCCAGUCGACGACGACAACGACAACGACAACCCCGUUGGUUACGAUCAAAUGACCAUUGACGACGAUGACGAGCAACUCAGCGACGACCUCAUGCCCGUACUCGAUGGGUUUAUUGGCGCUGUCAGCCGCAACUUCGACCCAAGCGCAUCGUAG